UUCGCUGCUGUCAAAAAGGUAAACACGACGAAAAAGCUCUUCCCUCGUUUUUCUGAUACAUUUUGUACUCUCUUCCCCGACGGUGGUGUGCUUUUGAAUACAAUUUCCGUUCUGCUCGAAAAAAUGUCCGGCUACACAGAGGAACACCUGAAGCAGAAGCUGACCGAGAAGCUGGAAGCAACUCAUGUGGAAGUAACUGAUGAAUCUGAUGGAUGUGGCGGCAAGUUUAGCGCAGUAAUAGUCUCAUCCCAGUUUCAAGGAAAAACCCUGCUUCAGCGACACCGACUCGUGAAUGCAGCCCUGGCGGAAGAACUCAAAACGAUUCACGCAUUUUCUCAGAAAACGUACACUCCGGAACAGUGGGCAGCCGAGGGUCACUAGCGCUCAGAACCAGCUCGUUGCACAAAACUUAUUCAAUACACCCUAAAACAUACAAACGGUUUCAUUUUUUAACGUAGCAGAGCAUCUCGAAGAAAAUUCGCACAAUGAAUUCACUGAACAGUUUUGAGAUCUCCGCCCCUGGCAAAGUUAUUCUCCAUGGAGAACAUUCGGUUGUCUAUGGAAAACCUGCCAUCGCUGGCCCCAUUGGGCUUAGAACCUAUCUCACUUAUAAGAAACUAGACGUCCCGGAAAUCAUACUCGACUUCGCCUCGAUUCCAUUCACCUCGAAGCUAUCUCUCGAAUCGUUCAACCAAUUCCUCCAACAGCACAACUGCCACUCGGAUAUGCAACCACUCGAAUUCCUCUCGAAACUACGCACAUCGGAAGAGUUCCCGUUCGCACAAUACGUGUCCCCGCAGCCGGCUCAAGACUCGACCAAAGAGCGCUACUCGCUUGGCGUAGCUCUCUAUCUCAUCAAUCGCAUUAUGCGGUCUGAAGGAGUUGACGCACUUCCGACUAAGAGCGGGUUCCAACUCACGAUCAAGUCGGUGAUGAGCAUCGGAGCCGGAUUGGGUAGCUCUGCGGGGUACGGAGUUUGCGUUUCAGCUGGCGCUUACGUAAUUACGAAACUUGCGAAAGGAGAGUUAACUGUGGACAACGCGUUGAACUAUUCGUUUCAGGGCAAUGAACCGGAAGUUCUGAAGAAAAUUUCUCAAUGGGCAUUCGACUCCGAACUGGUUAUGCACGAACGACCCUCGGGGAUUGAUAACACUAUAUGUACGUACGGAAACUUGAUCAAGUUCCGCAAAGGUGAACCAUUCGAGAGUUUGAAGCUCCGCCAGCAGAUUAACAUUUUGAUUGUGGACACGAAAGUAAGUCGAACGACAUCGAAGCUGGUGGCGAACGUGGCAGCAUUGAAAAACAAGCAUCCCAAAAUGAUGGAAUCGAUUCUAGAUGCCAUGGGGCACUUGGUGGACGAUGCGGUGGAACUGUUGGAAGAUGAACGUGACCAGUUUGAGGCACUCCGAACGCUGGUGGCGGUUAACAAUAAUCUAUUGCGCGCCAUCGGCGUUAGUCAUCCGUCGUUGGAGAAGGUGUUUCAGCUGGCGGAUUCCAGCGGGUUCGAUGCCAAACUUACCGGAGCCGGUGGCGGAGGAUGUGCUUUGGUAUUUCUGCCGAAGGACUACGAGAGCCUGAAGGAAUUCGGGGUGUUAACGGGAAGCUUAACGGAAGCUGGGUUUAGCUGGAUGGCUACGACAAUCGGCGGCAGUGGCGUUGAGUUCAAGGCGAUCGAAUGACGAAUAAUGGGUAAGCGCAAGCUAUCCGAUGAUCAUUCAAUGUGACUUUGGUAUCAGUAGUUCUGGUGAUGGUGCUAUGUAGUUAGUAGGUAGUGUUGUAUCAUGUAUCUUAAUAUGUAGUAUUCAAGUGACUGUGGGAACAUACAUUUCGUAUUACUGAAGCACUAUUUAAAAGUCCGUGAAAUUCUUAAUAUUAUUACAAGCACUUAGCUGGGUAACUCCUGAGUUUACCCCUUUCUAUUUCAGAUCAAGCAGGUAAAUUACCUCAAAAUGCCGUAUUCUACAAGUAGCCUAAAUAUGAAAUGUCCCAACCUUCAGUUGCUAUUCUUCGUUACAAAAUGAAAUCGUUAGUUUGAUUCCAUAAAA